GAUUACGUAAUGCCGCGGUGGCUGAGGCGGUUCCGCUGGCCGGUGUGUACGCGGCGAGCGAGUCCAGGUGCGGCCCGCUCGGCUCCUCCGGCGCCCCAGACCCCGGCCCCGACCCCCGCUGCGGCCCGGCCGCCGCCCGAACAUGGACUCCGCAGGCCAAGAUAUCAACCUGAAUUCUCCUAACAAAGGUCUGCUGUCCGACUCCAUGACAGACGUCCCUGUCGACACAGCGUUGGCUGCCCAGACUCCUGCUGUUGAGGGUCUGACCGAGGCUGAGGAGGAGGAGCUUAGGGCUGAGCUUGCAAAGGUGGAAGAGGAAAUUGUCACUCUGCGCCAGGUCCUGGCGGCCAAGGAGAGGCACUGUGCCGAGCUGAAGAGGAAGCUGGGCCUCUCUGCCUUGGAGGGCCUGAAGCAGAACCUGUCUAAGAGCUGGCAUGACGUGCAGGUGUCUAACGCCUACAUGAGAACUUCUGAGAAACUUGGAGAGUGGAAUGAGAAAGUGACCCAGUCAGACCUCUACAAGAAGACUCAAGAAACUCUCUCUCAGGCGGGACAGAAGACGUCGGCUGCCCUGUCCACCAUGGGCUCUGCCAUUAGCAGAAAGCUCGGGGAUAUGAGGAAUUCUGCGACCUUCAAGUCGUUUGAAGACCGAGUUGGGACCAUAAAGUCUAAGGUUGUAGGUGGCAGAGAGAAUGGCAGUGAGAACCUUCCCUCCCCAACCGGGAGUGGCGCCAAGCCCCUGCCCGAUCACACGCCUUUCUAAGCCCGUCGCAGCUUUGCCCGGCCACGGAACAAGUGUAAGCACAUCCUCAUCGCCUCGACUGCGACUCUGC